AUGUCUUCCCCUAAGUUCGCCGGCUUGUCUGGUAAAUGGCUCAUGAGAGCCGUGACUACUUGUGCCACAAUGGGUUUUCUGUUGUUUGGCUAUGACCAGGGUGUCAUGAGUAGUAUCAUCGAUGCCGACCCCUUCAAUGAUAUUUUUACCGCCACCAAGGACAAUUCAACCAUGCAGGGUGUGGUUACUGCCAUCUACGAGCUAGGAUGCCUGGGAGGUGCAGUUUUUAGCUUGGUUUUUGGCGACUGGCUUGGACGGCGCAAAUCAAUCAUGCUCGGCGCAACCAUUAUGGUGAUUGGCGUAAUCAUUCAGGUCACUGCGGUUAAAGGCCAUGUCCCCUUGGCCCAAUUCUGUGUGGGCAGAGUUGUGACAGGUGUUGGGAAUGGAAUGAAUACUUCGACUAUUCCGACCUAUCAAGCCGAGUGCUCGAGAUCCUCCAACCGUGGUCUUCUGAUCUGUAUCGAAGGAAGUACAGUCGCUAUCGGUACACUUAUAUCUUAUUGGAUUGACUUUGGGGCUUCCUACGGUUCUCCAGAUCUUACUUGGCGUUUUCCAAUCGCUUUCCAGAUUGUUUUCGGUCUGCUUAUUAUCGUCGGAAUGUUCUUUCUUCCGGAAUCACCCCGUUGGCUCUUUAUUCAGGAAAGAUAUGAGGAGGGCGAGACUAUUAUCGCCGCCCUUGCUGCUCAAGAGAUAUCCCACCCUGAUGUCCAGCUUCAAAAGACUAUCAUCUUGGAUUCAAUCAGAGCUUCGGGUCAAGCAGCAAAGUCCACGCCCAUGUCUGCCGUCUUUACGGGCGGAAAAACGCAACAUUUCCGACGUAUGCUUCUCGGGUCUUCUUCUCAAUUUUUCCAACAAAUUGGUGGAUGCAAUGCUGUCAUCUACUACCUUCCAGUCCUUUUCAAGAAAUCUCUCAACCAAACGGAUUUCAUGUCAAUGAUUCUAGGUGGCGUUAACAUGAUCGUUUACUCGAUCUUCGCCUGUAUGUCUUGGUUCUUGAUUGAAAGGGUCGGCCGGCGUAAGCUGUUCCUCAGCGGCACUGUUGGACAGUGCCUGUCAAUGGUCUUGACAUUCGCCUGCUUGAUCCCCGGUACACCCGGACCAGCAAAGGGCGCAGCUCUCGGUCUUUUCAUCUACAUCGCCUCCUUUGGGGCAACCUGGCUGCCUCUUCCCUGGCUUUAUCCCGCAGAGAUCUCGCCAAUUAAGACCCGUGCGAAAGCAAAUGCCCUAUCAACUUGCACCAACUGGACCUUCAAUUUUCUUAUUGUGAUGGUCACACCAAUUAUGGUACGAAAUAUUGGCUGGGGUACGUACUUGUUUUUCGCGUGCGUAAACGCUUGCUUCUUCCCCGUCAUCUACUUUUUCUAUCCUGAGACUGCCGGCCGAUCGCUGGAAGAGAUCGAUGUGAUCUUUGCGAAGGGAUAUUCAGAGAAUAUCAGCUAUGUACGUGCUGCAAAGGAACUGCCAUUUCUCACCAAUGAGGAUAUUGAGCGGGCUGCUAUGCAAUACGGAUUCGUUCCUGCGGACGCUGGUGUGACGCCAACGGCUUCUUCUAGCAAUGAAGAUGUGGAAAAGAGUUGA